GGAGGUAGGGCUGGGAGCUGCCAGUCCUCCCCCAAAGCCCCCAUCCUAGCCUGGAAGGGUGCCGGGGCCAUCUCCAGCGGGGCAGUCGUGGGUCUGAUCCCCGUGCAAUGGCAAGACACUCGCUGGGCUCCUCUGCCCACACCCACGGGGACCUCCAGCCAGCGGCGGCGGCGCAGAGUGGGACCCCGACGGAGGCAGCUGUGGGGGCUCCGGGGAGCCGGGGCUGGGCUGAGUGAACUACCGGCGUACAUGCUGCCUGCACCAGUGCUGCCACGGCCGGCAUGGCCGACAAGUCCUGCAUGGUCCAAGGGUUGCCCACAUGCCAGGGCCAUCACCGCCAGGGUGGAGAAGCUGCUGAGGGCCAGUAGAAAGCCGUGUGCCCUGUGCUGUGUCCCAUGCAUGUGGUCCAGAGGAGGGAUGUCCCAGCCACGUCUUCUCACCCUCCUGGUGCUGCUGCUCUGUUGCCAGGGUCCCUCUGCCCAGAUCACAGAUAAUGUUGUUGAGAGAUGGAAGGAAUACAGCGAAGAGUGCCAGCGCAACAUGAGCCGCCUGCCUGCGCCCACAGAGCUGGUCUGUAACCGCACCUUCGACAAGUUCUCAUGCUGGCCCGACACAAUGCCAAACAGCACAGCCAGCGUGCCCUGCCCCUGGUUCCUGCCCUGGUACGAGAAAGUGAAGCACAGACAUGUCUUCAAGACCUGUGGGCCAGAUGGACAGUGGGUGACAGGGCCACGGGGACAGUCCCUGCGUGAUGCCACGCAGUGUGAGCAGGAUGACGAGGACCUAAAGGCGCAGGAAAAAUUUGCCAAGACCUAUGGCAGCUUCAAGGUGAUGUACACUGUGGGCUACUCUGUGUCCCUGUGUGCACUGCUGCUUGCCCUGGCCCUGCUGCUGGGCUUCAGCAAGCUGCACUGCAUGAGGAACUACAUCCACAUGAACCUCUUCGCCUCCUUCAUCCUGAAGGGUGUCUCUGUGCUGGUCAUCGACGCCCUGCUCAAGACCCACUAUAGUGACAAGAUCGACGGCUACAACGUGCAAGUCUGGCUGAGCGACGAGGCAGCUGCAGGCUGCCGGGCAGCCACGGUCUUCAUGCAGUACGGCAUCGUGGCCAACUACUGCUGGCUGCUGGUGGAAGGCAUCUACCUGCAUAACCUGCUGGUGGUAGCCGUCUUCUCCGAGAGGAGCUACUUCACCCUCUACCUGUGCAUCGGCUGGGGGGCGCCCAUGCUGUUCCUCAUUCCCUGGGUCAUCGUGAAGUUCCUCUACGAAAACAUACAGUGCUGGUCCACAAACAACAAUAUGGGCUUCUGGUGGAUCCUUCGCUUCCCUGUGUUUCUGGCCAUCCUGAUCAACUUCUUCAUCUUCAUCCGCAUCAUUCAGAUCCUUGUUUCCAAGCUCCGUGCACACCAGAUGCGCUACACUGACUACAAGUUCAGGUGGGUGCUGGAUGUGGCUCGCCCUGCGUUCCCACGGUGCACACGCAUGCGUGUCCACCUGGUGACCCCAUCCCACAGGCUGGCCAAGUCCACACUGACACUGAUCCCGCUGCUGGGCAUCCACGAGGUGGUCUUCGCCUUCAUCACAGAUGAGCACGCCCAGGGUACGCUGCGCUACGUCAAGCUCUUCUUCGACCUCUUCCUGAGCUCCUUCCAGGGGAUGCUGGUGGCCAUUCUCUACUGCUUUGUCAACAAGGAGGUGCAGGCAGAGCUGCUGAAGCGGUGGCAGCGCUGGAAGCUGGGGAAGGACCUGGCUGAGGAGUACAAGCACACCUACAGCCAUGCACCCAGUGCCCGCAAUGGCACUGGCAGCACCUGCGAGAAGCACCAGCUGGUGAGUGGCUGCGCCAACGGGCUGGGGCGCAGCCUGGCCCCCCACCCCAGCUCCCAACACCCCGAGAGGUGUGGGCGCAGCACUGGCGAGCACCUCGCUCUGGGGGGCCAUCACCACUGCUAUGAAUUUCCUGAGACCACGGCUGAGAGCCACUUCUGAGCCAGCAGGCAGGUGGGAGGGCUGUGCUGAGCCGCUGGGAUGCCGCCGUCCCCUGCCCUGUCCUCCCCAGGUGCUGGUGAGGGUGCUGCACUGGACACACGGACAAUGGACACAAUGAGGCAGGCAAAUGGGACCUGGACCCCUGGAAGGGGGAACUGUGGCGUCAGGGGGAUCUGUCGGGGUGGGAGUUUGUCCUGUGGUGCUGCCCUCGUGCGCCUUCGAGUCCCUGUGCACAGUGCUGUAAUUUAUCUGUCAUAUCUGUAAAUAGGUGUGGGCCCGUGCCGGGCUGCAGGGCCA